UCUUAUCGAAUUUAUUCAUCGAUUCUCGAAUAAUCUUUAUUUAGCAAAGUGAUAUAAUAAUGCAGCAAAUCGGGACGACUUAAUCCAGAAGUGUACAAGAAACUGGAAACAAUACAGAAAUUACUAGUGAAAAAAACAUGUAAUUACGUCGAUUGGAGGUGGAAACAACAGAGGUAGGGGAGCGAAAGUGAACACAGGUCCAAGAAUGGGCAAGAAGAGACAGACUCCUUGAGUUUUUAACUAAAAGUUUGACGAAUUAUAACGUAGGACCAUCAUUAUUAAUGUUUUCAUUCAAUUUGACAAAUUCAUCAGUCUAUAUUGAUUAACUCAACUAUUCAAAAAUUAACAUAAAGAGGAACAUAUGUGAAAAAUGAAAGUGCAAAAAUGUGAUUGUUCAAUCAAGAAAAGCUUGGCUGAAAGAGUGAGAUUCCCGUGACGUUCCAAAGAGAGAAACGUAGCGUGUGCAAGGUUAUGAGUGUGCUAUUGAUGUGAUCCAGUGUGUGCCAGUGAUUCUCACUGACGACAUGCUUGUGGUCUCUAUUGCAAAAAAUUUUGUAUUUGCGACGGCUUGGUGCAUAAUCAGUUACUGUAGAGCAGUUCUAACGUGAACGUGAUCUGUCAUCCCUAUCGCUGAUUCUUGAAUAUCUUGUUGUAUGAAAUCAUGACGCGAAAGCUGAGCAAGUUUUUAAUACUUUUUGACAACACAAAUCUUUUAUAUUUUCCCGGUCACUUUUUGUCCGGCCGAGUACUCAUUGAAUUGGAUGAUGAGGCUUACGUUUCAGGAUUGCAUUUUCAUGUGAUUGGUGAAGGAGUGGUACGUCUACGUAGUCAACGCGCUGAAAGAGUUUACGACAAGGAAAAUUAUAUAGAUUUUCGUAUGAGAUUGCUAGGCGAGCCAGGAGAGGGACCGUCUCUACUAUCACCGGGGAUCCACAGCUUUCCAUUCAAAUUAGGCCUGCCCCUGGGCCUACCAUCUACUUUCUUGGGUAAACAUGGCUGGGUACAAUAUUAUUGCAAGGCUGCACUUCGAGAGCCUGGCGGAUUGACACAUAAGAAUCAGCAAGUCUUCAUCGUGAUGAAUCCCAUCGAUCUGAAUUUAGAACCACCAAUCCUGGCACAACCUGCAAGGCAAGAAAUCGAACAACGAGUUGGAGUCUCUUGUGUUUCCGGUGGCCCUGUAUUUUGCAGAGUGAGCCUCGAUAGAGGCGGAUAUGUGCCUGGUGAAACUAUUGGCAUCUCAGCGACUGUCAGCAAUCGAAGCAAAGUAACGAUGAAAUCAACUAAGGCAUCCUUGACCGAAACAAUUCAGUACCUGUGUCGCGGUAAAGUGCUUGCAAGCGAGACACGAGAAUUAGCAAGUGUUUCCAGGGGGAAAAUCCGUCCUGGAGAAGGCGAGGAAUGGUUGAAUGAACAAAUGUACGUUCCUCCUUUACCACCUACCAAUCUACGAGGAUGUCAUCUCAUCAAUGUUCUUUACCACGUUUAUUUUAUAAUAAGUCCGAAGAGCUUGGAUAAAGAAAUUAAACUACAAAUACCAAUCGUCUUAGCCACUUAUCCCUUGAGACAGGAAGGUGCCCCAGCCGGAACUGCACCAUCGAAAAGGGGAGCACAUUAUCCAUCAACAUUGCCAAUAUUUCGGCCAUGGCUGGACGAUAAAGCUUUUGAGAUACAGGAGUGAAGGUUUAAUUAAUUUUCACUGAUAUGCGGAUAUAAUACAUUUUGACAAAAAUCAUACAAGAAAUAUUGCGAUAAUGCGAUCGAAAAUUUUAAAAAAAUGAUUUAAAUCUUCGGAACAAUUAAUACGCUUAUAACAAUACUUAUUAAACUUAAUUAAGUAAAUAGAUGUAUUUAUAUUUGUAUAACUAAAGAAAUUAACAAAAAAUUAAAAAUAUUUAUAUAUGACAUAUAGACA